AUGCCUCACGACUAUGGAUUGGGGGAUGUUGGCUUUCAGCCUAAGCACGUGGAUCGAAAGUUACUAUAUGUCAGCCUCGAGGAGCGGAUUAAAUACUUGCACGAAUUCCUAGACUUCAACUCAGCGGACGUUGAGGCCCUCCAGUCCGGAGCCAAAUAUAUCAAACAACUCAUCCCGGCAGUGGUAAAUCUGGUAUAUAAGAAGCUGCUCCAAUAUGACAUCACCUCUCGUGCGUUCCAUACCCGAAGCACCGCCGAAGAAGUUGAGCCCGAGGAGGAUUAUCUACACGAGGAAACACCCAAGAUCCAACGUCGCAAAAUGUUCCUGCGGUGGUACCUCACCCGCCUAUGCCAAGAUCCCACCAGCAUGGAAUUCUGGCGGUACUUGAAUAAAGUUGGUAUGAUGCAUAGUGGCAUGGAGCGGAUGCACGCUUUGAACAUCGAGUAUAUUCAUAUCAACGCCUGCAUGGGAUUCAUCCAAGACAUCUUCGUUGAGGCUCUGCUGUCGCACCCGCACAUCUCUCUGCGACGGAAAAUUGCGCUCAUCCGUGCGGUCAACAAGAUUCUCUGCAUCCAGAAUGAUCUGUUCGCCAAAUGGCGCGUUCGUGACGGCGACGAAUAUGCCGAUGAGGUUUCCAUGUACAGUUUCGGGUCCAAAGAGGGCUAUCUGGGCGACCAGAAGAUCUUGGGAAGCAGCUCAAGCAGCUCCGGCGAUGAUGAGACGGCCAGCAUUAUCAGCAGUAUGGCGCCCUCAAUGCAGAGUGCCGCACCAUCGAUCGCGACUACGACUUCGCAAGCCAACCACUCCAAGGUCUCUGUUUGUCCCUUUGCCGACCUGGCAAAGUCAUCCUCCACCACUACGGAAACGAAAAUCUGGGCCAAUUGA